AUGGAUUCCAUUAUUUCAGCAGAGAUACCGGACAAAGUAGUGGACAAGGAUUACUACAAUGUUGUUGAAGAAUUUAUGAUACACGGUCCUUGUGGACCAGCGAGAACAAAAUCGCCUUGCAUGGUGAACGGAAGAUGUUCAAAACACUUCCCGAAAAGAUUUGUUGAGCUCUCCAAUUGGGAUGAAGACGGCUACCCAAUCUACAUGCGCCGGGACGAUGGUAGAACUAUCUUAAAAAAUGGAGUGGAAUUAGAUAAUAGAUAUGUUGUACCACAUAACAGAUAUCUGCUUCUCAAGUAUAGGGCACACAUAAACGUGGAAUGGUGUAAUCAAUCGAGGUCUAUCAAAUACCUGUUCAAAUAUGUCAACAAGGGAAAUGACAGGGUCACAGCUGAAUUCUACAAGAGUACAACUGAUGAACAUUCAAAUGAAGUGGUAGAUGAGAUAAGCAUUCAGUUGUUCGAGGAUGACGAUCGAAUAGACAACGUCUUGAAUCGUCCUACUGUGGGUCAAAGUAUGUUCACUGGCUGGUUCGAUGCAAAUAAGAGAUUUGAUGUUGCAAAGGGAUUGACAUAUAUUGACAUGCCAACCAAAUUUGUCUGGAAGAAAGAUAUUAGAGAAUGGCAUCCAAGGAAACGGGGUUUUUCAAUUGGUCGCAUUUUUUAUGUACCCCCAGGUAGCGGUGAAAUAUAUUACUUGCGAUGUCUCUUGAAUGUAGUUCGGGGUCCUACCAAUUUUGAAGAUAUCAUGACUUUUGAGGGAGUAAAGUAUCCAAGUUUUAGAGAUGCAUGUUAUGCACGGGGGCUACUUGACGAUGACAAAGAAUAUAUUGAUGCAAUAAAUGAGGCAAGUCAUUGGUCAACUGCACAAGCCAUGAGGAAAUUGUUUGUCAUACUCUUGACAUCGAACUUGGUUAUUAGGCCGGAAAAUGUUUGGAAUGCCGUGUGGCAACAUCUGUCAGAGGAUGCACAGUUUAAUAGACGAAGAGUCUUACAGAAAGAAGACUUGAUAUUAUCAGAUGACGAUAAGAAGAAUUUAUGUUUGAUUGAAUUGGAGAAAUUGCUACAGUUGUACAACAAGUCUUUGAAAGACUACCCUCAAAUGCCAUUACCAAACUUCGAUGAUGCAUGGUUGGUGUUGAUAAUAGAUUGUUGUUUGAGGAACUGGCUUAUGAUCGUGAAGCUUUACAUGAAGAGAGUCAAAUGA